AUGCCUAAAUCCAUCAAUGGUGUUCCUCCAGGAUGCGUACUCGUAGAUGUGCUUUCAGUAACUUCGGCCGGAAAGGUAGUGGGAGUGGUAGGUUUUGUCGUCGAAGACAGUCCCGAGGUUUUGCAACACAAUUAUUUCUUGGUAGGAUUGGCGGAACACGUUCAUGGCCAACGCGCAACACUAGACGCUGACGGCGUGUCUUCAGUGUCUUCACGCUUAACUCAGCGUUUCACUUUUCUUUCCGCCCUUCUACCUGGCUUCGUCGUGGCGGUUCUUGCGUCAGGGAUUAGUGCAUUCCGACAGUUGAAACGUCUCCGAUCGACAUCCAUGCUCCUUGCCCAUUCCGACACGCACAUUGGAUUGGGAGUCAAGAAGUUGUACUUACUCAAGGGGAUCGAGUUCACUGAAGUCACUCGAGGCACUAGCUUGCGCGAUCUCGCCGCAUUAGGCCGCGAACGGUUCGACCUGAUCAUCACAGGGCACGAAGACAAGGGGUCCCUCCAGAUCAUCCAAACACUACUACAUCCGACGAGAGGAAAGUUAUUUGCGUGGAACGACGAUAGCAUAGGCCUUGCUGGUAUUCUUCGUCGAGAUCCUCUGGCUAUCAGAGAUGCUCUUGAGCUAGUAAUUUCUUUCUUGGAAGAGUCCUCUGAUUCUCUAUAUGCGGAGAUCGUCGACGAAACAUCCUCCAUCCCUCACUUCACUGUUUCUGAAACGAACGAGCAUUCCCUACAGCGUAAUGCUGUGUUCUGCGCGGAUAAGUCAUAUAUCAUUCUCGGAGGAAGAGGCGCUCGUCAUAUCAUCGUUACAUCUCGUCGCGGAGAGGAUGGUUUGUUCACCAAUGGUGACGUCCUAGCGAGGCGUAUAUUUGAGCAUCUUCGAAGCAUUCAAGACCUUGAACUUCGGGUGUGUGCAGUAGAUGCUACAUCUACUGUUGAAAUGCGGGACCUCAUGCACAGUCUUCCUGCUCCACUGGGAGGAUGCAUGAUCUUGACUGCUGUGCUUUCGGAUCGCGCAUUUCAGAAUCUUACCAGGGAGGACUAUUCCCGUGUAUUUGCUGCAAAACUUGGCGUGCUCUCCGUUCUUCAAGAGGUGGUUGACAUUCCCAGUAUCGACUUCUUGGUGGCAUUCUCGUCAGUAUCUGGACUCUUCGGGGCUGGCGGUCAGACCAACUAUGGCGCUGCGAAUACUGCUCUGGAAGAGGCGAUUUCCCUGAUCCCGAAUGCCUUUUCGUUCGUAUGCCCGGGCAUCUUGGACUCUUCCAUGUUGCUCGUCGGACAAUCUAAUGUACAAGCAUCUCUUUUCAGCCAUUUCUUAGAGUGGUCAAUUUCAGCGGAAGAAAUGAUUCUCUGGCUCGAGGAUGCUAUAUUCCGAUUCCAGAAUGGGCAGAAGUUCCACCACUAUGUUCCGGACCUGGAUUGGGAAUCAGUGGACAAAACUCUUGGCAUGCCACCGAUGGGCAGACAUCUCGUUCCUGUACAAGUCGCUCAAGAUGUUUCUGCUAGGGAUGACGUGGACCAGUUGGCCGACACAGUCAGAGAUGUUCUCAAUGUGUCUGCUAGUGAUUUAUCUCCAGACGCCCCGCUGACCACAUACGGCAUCGAUUCGCUAUCCGCUGCGAGGCUGGCAGCUUCGGGUGGUGACUCAGCGUUAAGCGCUGCUGAGGAAUUGUUCAAAGCAACAAGCAAGGAAGAUGAGAUGCGAGAGCUGCUGGAGAAGUAUUUAGUUCGCCUGCAUGAAACGCCACGUGUGCAAGAGGUUGCUCCUGACGCCCAUGUGGUCCUCCUGACCGGGAGUACCGGUGGACUGGGAUGUCAUCUACUGGUAGAGUUACUUGACCGAAAUGACGUCAAGCAAGUAUAUGCCCUGAACAGACGAGCCCAUGACCCGGGAUCGACGUUACUUCGGAGGCAGAUGGAUGCCCUCUUGAACCAAGGACUUCUCACCGAUAUACUCGAAUCUCCUAAGCUGACGCUAUUGGAAGGCGACUUAGAAGCCGACGAUCUAGGGCUGGAUGAUCUGACCAUGACAAAUCUGUCAUCUUCCAUAGCCCAUAUUAUUCAUAACGAUCCAGUGGUUAUUCCAACACCCGAAUUGCCCAUCCUGAACGCCAAGAUUGCGACACAAACCGGCUGCCUCGAAUCUAAGUGGAUAGCGGAAAGAUUGGUACAGCUUGCUGCCGAGACAACGCGCCUGAAGGUUAAUGUCAUUCGAGUGGGAUUGCUGACGGGUAGUGCGAGUGGGUCAUGGGACAUUCAACACUGGUUCCCGGCCCUUGUCCAGUCGGCAACGUAUGUCGGAUGUCUACCUGAUGGCAACGAGAAUAUAUCAUGGCUGACAACACCGCUUGCUGCGACCGCCAUCGUGGAUGUGUACAACAUCGCGAACGGCACAUUGCACAUCGUUCAUCCACGACCGGUAAAAUGGGUCACCAUUAUGGAGCCCUUGACAUUGAAGUUUGACGUUCCAGUGGUACCAUACCAUGAAUGGUUCGCGCGAUUGGAGAACCUCGCUAUUACUACUCCUGCCAACAAAUCUUCGGGUAAUCGCGAGCGCGAAGCCGAAGAGAGGGCAGCACUCAGGCUGCUAGAUUUCUUCCGGAAGGGAAGUCAGAACGCAGGCUCAUAUAGUCAUCACAUGGAGAGUAAGGGACUUUUGCCUUCAGUCGAAUCACAAAGGGGACAGCAUGCAUCAUCAGUUCUCAUGGAUUCCAACACCCCGCAGUUAAGCUGUAGUGAUGUCGACAAGUGGAUGAGCACCUGGAAGAAGGUGGGAUUUCUUCCUACUGGAAUGCAAACAUAG